AAAAAUUCAUGACCUGCUGCCUCUUGAGUUUUGUUGGGGCUAGCUUUCUUUACGGUUCCGUUUCGUCGGUGCUUCUGCCAUAUAUAGUAUAAAAUAGUUGCGUCCUGAAUUCGUGGACAGGAUAUAUCCGUUUUUAAUCUUCCUAUUAAACCACUUUUAAACAAUAUAUUUUGGUAGAGCCGUUAUGGCGGAGUCGAACGGAGCCACAAUAUCGAAUACUAAAAAUGGAAAUUUUAUUUGCGGAGUUGUCGAAGGUUUCUAUGGACGUCCAUGGACCACCGAACAACGAAAAGAUUUAUUUCAAAAAAUGAAAAAAUGGGGAAUGGAUUCUUACUUAUAUGCUCCGAAAGACGACUAUAAACACAGAGCCUACUGGCGUGAUUUGUACACGGUUGAGGAAGCUGAACACUUGACAGGACUGAUUACAGCAGCCAAGGAGAAUGGCAUAACUUUUUAUUAUGCCUUAUCUCCUGGUCUGGACAUAACUUACUCCAGUAUCAAAGAGGUCACAGCUCUCAAAAGAAAAUUGGAGCAAGUCAGUCAAUUUGGCUGUACAGCAUUUGCUUUACUGUUCGAUGACAUUGAACCGGAAAUGAGCGAAGCUGACAAGGAAGUUUUUCAAUCCUUUGCGCAUGCUCAGGUUUCCGUUACGAAUGACAUUUUUCAACACCUCGGGCAGCCAACGUUUCUUCUCUGUCCUACACAGUAUUGCUCAACCAGGGCAAUGCCGAAUGUGGCAACUUCGGAAUAUUUGAAUACUCUUGGUAGCAAAUUAGCCCAAGAAAUCGAUAUAAUGUGGACUGGACCAAAAGUAAUAUCGCGAUUGUUGACGGUCGAGUCCAUCGAAGAAAUCACCGAGGUACUGAGACGUCCUCCCGUUAUUUGGGAUAAUUUACAUGCCAACGAUUACGACCAAAAGCGAGUUUUUCUCGGUCCUUACUCGGGCCGUUCACCAGAUUUGAUCCCCAAACUUCGGGGCGUUCUAACCAACCCGAAUUGCGAAUAUGGUGCAAAUUUCGUCGCGAUACAUACUCUCGCACAAUGGAGCCGCUGCAACGUCGAUGGAAAACGUGAUUUAACAUUGAAUGACACGGUGUCAGCCGACAUAAAGCUCGAAACUGAGACGGAAGAUGGUGUUAUCGGGGAGGAUGUUCCUUCGACCCUUUCGCCCAACAUGUACCACCCACGCCACGCAUUAAAAAACGCAAUAAACGAUUGGCUACCGGAAUUCAGUAAAAAGCGAGCAGCUUGGGGGCCAAUAGCGAAACCUCAGCCUUGUGUAGCCCCUACGAUACCUAUUCCUAUUAUUCCUUCGGUAAAUACCUGUAUGAGCCUGACGACAACGACCAGCACAACAGUAACGACAGCACCCGCGCCUAUUGCGAAUUCAAACCAUCUUCAAGCAUUGGCAGAAGUGUGCUCCACCGUCACAGGCACUGAUAGCUUUGUUCAACCGCUCCCUGGUCCCGUUAUGAAUUCCCUUAUUUCCGAAACUAAGGUCGUUAGCGAACCUGUAAUCCCCAUUAUCGAUACAACGGGCAACAAUUUAGUGGCUCAAGCACCAGCAUCCACCGAGCCAAUGGAUUGUAACACGACACCAAGCAAUUCACCGGCACAUGUCGUUAAAACGGCGACCGAGGACGAUGCCAUGGUUGAAAAUACGUCGACGUGCAGCGGAGCUUCCGGAAGCAUGCAAGUGGAAGUCGAUGGUACUUCACCGACGAUAAAUGGGAGCCGGAUGAUCGUUGAAAACGAUAAUGAUAACCAUGAAGUUUCGGAAACAGAUACGAGCGAUACAAAAGACGAGAAUAAAAUGCUUACGCACGAAGAUCUUUCUCUGCUUUGCGAUCUCUUCUAUUUGCCUUUUGAGCAUGGCGGCCAAGGUAUACAAUUGCUGCAAGAAUUCAAUUGGCUGAAAAGUAACGCUAGCGUUACUAUCGGUAAAGCCAACGAUGAUAAUCCCAGCAGUAAAGCUGACAUUGAGGAAUGGCGCACUCGUGCUGCCAAAAUGAACGACAUGUGUGCGGCGGUUAACAGACUAUUUACGCGUUUGUCAUUCUGUAACAACCGUGAAUUGUUGUACGAUCUUUAUUCUUACGUUUGGGAUAUGCGAGGCGUUGUUUCGCUGUUGAACAGUUAUGUCAAAUGGCUGGCGUUUGGCAGAUUCCCAGCGACGAUGACGACUUUUACCCAAGGCAGCUACACAUGGUUCUCAAAUGGCUGGAAGGAAACGUUCAUGAGUGGAGACCAAGAGCCUUGGGUCUUUCGCGGUGGUCUAACCGCCGAUUUGCAGCGUUUGAUACCAGUGGACAGCGGUAACGAUUUGUUCGUUUACAAAGCUCCUGAAGUUCCAACUAGUAAAAUAUACACGAUACGCCCUUAUUCACCAAGCGACGAGGAUGCAGUCUACGCCGUUUGUAAUCGCAUUACUGGCGUUACAGGAACUUCGGCAGUCGCCGACCGUCUCGUUGGUGGCUACUUAACGUUGAGUCCUGAACUCUGUAUGGUAGUUGAAGACGAAGAUGGAAUAGUUGGAUAUGCCGUUGCUGCCUUGAAUAUCAAGUCUUACAAUCAAAAAAUGGCUGUCUCAUGGAUUCCCGAGUUACAAUUGAAAUAUCCAUUGGAAGAGAUCACUAACGAUGUAUCACCAAAUGUUCAAGAAGCUAUACGAUACUUUCACUCUUUCACUGUCGAUGUGUCGGAACAACUUUGCCGUCAGCAUGCUUCGCAGAUCUAUUGUUCAGUAUUACCCACGGUCACGGACCAGUCAGUGCCAAAACGUUUGAUCACGUGUAUCCUGGCAGCUCUCAGAGCAAACGGUUCGUUCGGUGUACACACAACAAUGUCGUCGAUGGACAAGGAGAACCACGAAUUUUACGCAAAGUUAGGUUUUAUCGAUUUCAAUCAAGGACAAGACGAAACACCGGGAGUCGUGACGAUGUGUAGAAGCUUCUAACAGAAAGCGAAUCCGCCAGUGAUAUUUAUCAAUUCGGUAAAUUGGGUGAACAAGUUAACGGAAAAGAGGAUUAGAAUUUGAAAAAAAUGCAUCGAAUUCGAGAUAACGGCUGUAAAAAAAGAAAGUGUGGAACGGAACGAAAAAACUGUGGUACGAUCUCGUUCAUGCCCCGAAUGAAAGGAUCUCAUGAUCAUCUCGAACAAAUAGUAACUAGUUAUCUUACAUUUGAUGGAGAUGCAAGUCGAAAGAAUAUAAAAUUUGAUAAAGAGACGAAGCUCGACGUAUGAGGAUCGCGACAACGUGCACUUAGGAGCCUCGAGAAAAAUGUGCAAUACACCGAAAUAAUUGUCAAAUUUUCCAAUUCGGAAGCCUACAUCUACACACACAAAAUAAAAAUAGAUGACGUAGACAUCUGAUGGUUUAAAAAGCAAAUGAAAUAGUAAUAAUACCAGAGAUCGAUUAAUCAUGAAGUGAACGUAGGGAAACGUAUAGAAAAUUUCAAAACUCAUCAAUCCGAGCGGUCUAAAUCAUCAUCUAGAUUUCGUACGCGUGUCAGCGUUGAAAAUACAUAAGUUAUAUAUGUAAUGACGUGAUUCGUCGACUAGCCGCAAAAAGUUCGUCUUUCCUCAAGUCGUACAAACAUUCGGAUAGUUAAAAACAAACAGACGCUCUCGAGGGGUUUAACCGCUGUCGUAUAAGGCUAGAAGCACAAUCAUACUGAAAUAUGAGCUGUAUUUUUAUCGAAAAUCGCUUGCUGAAUACGACUUUUAUACACACACACACAUUCGACACAUUCUGGCGAUUGAAAAGUAUUGUGAAAAUAAAAAAAAAUAUUACUACGAUAA